CCCCUCCCCAACACUUCCUUUGCUCGCUCUGUCACUUCCUUCACCUCUCCAUCAUCACUCAUCCAUGGCCACCUUCAUCAUCUGCCUCAUUUAAAUCCCCGCUCACCCCCCUCCCCUUCUUCCCACAUACACAGCUUCAUCUUCUUCCCUUACCACCUUUCUCUUUCUCCUUGCUUAGACCUUACCAGCCAUGGCCGCCCCCAAACCAGCUCGCCGCUUCGAGCCGGUGUCCAGGUGCAGCUCCAAGAACCGAGGCAGCCAGACCGUGGCAGCGGACCUGGACGGCACCCUGCUGCUAUCCCGCAGCGCCUUCCCUUACUACAUGCUGGUGGCGCUGGAGGGCGGCAGCCUGCUCAGGGGCAUCCUCCUCCUCCUCAGCGUCCCCUUCGCCUACUUCACCUACAUCUUCGUCUCUGAGUCGCUCUGCAUCGAGCUGCUUACGUUCAUCGCCUUCGCGGGGCUGAAGAUGAGGGACAUAGAGAUGGUGUCCCGGGCGGUGCUGCCCCGCUUCUACGCGGAGGACGUGCACCCGGAGACGUGGAGGGUGUUCAGCUCGUUCGGGAAGCGCUACAUCGUGACGGCGAACCCCCGGGUGAUGGUGGAGCCGUUCGUGAAGAACUACCUCGGCGUCGACAAGGUGCUGGGCACCGAGCUGGAGGUCACCAAGUCCGGCCGCGCCACCGGCUUCAUCAAGCGCCCAGGCGUCCUCGUCGGCCCCAACAAGGCCGACGCCGUCCGGCGCGAAUUCGGCGACUGUCCCCCGGAUCUCGGCAUCGGGGAUCGCGAGACCGACCACGAUUUCAUGUCCCUCUGCAAGGAAGCUUACAUGGUGCCUGCGACGAAAAAGUGUGAGCCGGUGCCAAGGAACAAGCUGCUCAGCCCCAUAGUUCUCCACGACGGCCGCCUGGUGCAGAGGCCGACUCCCAUGGUGGCCCUCAUCACCUUCUUAUGGAUGCCCAUCGGCUUCGUACUCGCCCUCAUGAGAGUCUACCUCAACCUGCCAUUGCCGGAAAGAAUCGUCCGGCACAUGUACAGGAUCCUCGGCAUUCAGCUCAUCGUCAAGGGCAACCCUCCUCCCCCUCCGAAGAAGGGAGAGAGCGGCGUCCUCCUCGUCUGCGACCACAGAACCGUUCUUGAUCCCGUCGUCAUUGCAGUUUCUUUGGGGAGGAAGAUCAGCUGCGUCCAUUACAGUAUCAGCAAGUUCACAGAGCUCAUCUCCCCAAUCAAGGCCGUCGCACUGUCGAGGGACCGGGAAAAGGACGCUGCCAACCUCAAGAAGCUGCUCGAGGAGGGCGACCAGAUCGUCAUCUGCCCAGAAGGAACAACUUGCAGGGAGCCAUUCCUGCUGAGGUUCAGCGCCAUGUUUGCUGAGCUGACGGACAGAAUCGUCCCCGUCGCCAUCAACACGAAGCAGAGCAUGUUCCACGGAACGACUGUUCGCGGCUGGAAGGCCUUCGACCCGUACUUCUUCUUCAUGAAUCCGAUGCCAACGUACGAGAUCACCUUCCUGAACCAGCUCCCACCUGAGCUCACCUGCAAAGGAGGAAAGUCCGCCAUUGAAGUCGCCAACUACAUCCAGAGGGUCAUUGCAGGGACGCUCGGCUUCGAGUGUACUAACUUCACAAGGAAGGACAAGUAUGGGAUGUUGGCAGGAACUGACGGCAGUGUGAAGAAGAAGGAGCAGAAGGAAUAAAAAGUUCAAUAAAAACACCGGGAAAGAAAUUGUUGGUAUGGUUGGAAUUUAAUUUUCAUUAAUUUGUCCAUUCAAAUCUAGUUGGGGACGUUCAUCAUAUAUUAAUAUAUGGUAUCUUCUAUGUUCUACAAGUGUGGUGUGGAAUUUGUAGUCUUGGAGGUGAAAUAAUCGCCAUAGUUCUCCUGCUAAGCAAAUGUUGCGAGUUGGGAUAUUCAAAUAUUGAUAUAUGUUUCGGUUUCUUCUAAUCAAGAAAUGUGCUUUGUGGGAGUGCAAGGGAAGUAAUCGUCCGCAUUUGAAUGUCUGUAACAACAAUCUCAUGAAGAGUUCAUAAUCUUUUUUUUCUUCAUUUUCCA